AAAUUUACCAAAACUAUUUUUGUUGGGGAUGUGGCAGUUGGCAAAACUUCUUUAGUUAAUAGGUUUUGUCAUGAAGUAUUUGAUUCAAACUAUAAAUCAACAAUAGGUGUUGACUUUGAGGUGGAGAGAUUUGAUGUCUUAAAUACACCGUUUCACUUGCAAAUAUGGGACACAGCUGGUCAAGAAAGGUUUAAAUGUAUAGCUACAGCUUAUUAUAGAGGAGCUCAAGCUGUGGUGAUUGUGUUUGACGUAACAAACACAUUCAGUCUACAACACGUUCCUGUGUGGCUAGAGGAAACUCUAGAGAACAACAAAGAAAAGCCUUUGGUCUUUCUAGUUGGAACUAAGAGAGAUCUUGUGAGUGAACCUGUUUAUCAUAUGGUUGAAAAACAAGCCAUUGCCAUGGCAAAGUCCCUGAAUGUUGAGUAUUGGACUGUUUCUUCAAAAACUGGAGAAAAUGUAAAGGGCUUUUUCUUCCGACUUGCAGCCUUAUGUUUUAACUAUUCUGUUCUCAGGGAAAUGGAAGUACCUCAGAGCUCGGAAGUAUCUAAAGAUUUUGUCAGUAAGUAUCUCGAUGAAAUUUUGACACGUACAGAGAUUAAUCCAUAUUUCAUUCAGUUUGUCCACGUGGUUUCGGCCUGCAUUAGUUUCACAUUAUACAACUCACUAGCUUACAUAUGUUUAUUUCUUCUGGUUCAAAAGUGUGGGCCAUAUAAAUAGAAACAUCAUGAAUCAUUUGAGUUCUGAUACACUCUUGUUUUUGGAAUUAAAGAAAAAUUUCUGAAUAUAAACCAAAUGAUGUGAAGUAUAUAAACCCAGAAAAUACUGCAAAUUGCACAUCAGCUUUUUAAAUACAUUUUUCUAAACAAUUAACACUCCAAACAUCUUGUGGAUCUAACAACAUAUGAACGAAACUAAAAUUUUAAAAAUACCACCAGUGUUGCAAUGAAACCCACCAGGAACUAUGUAUUUUGCAUAGAAAAUUAAUGACUCUCUCCGCUUGUUUCAGUCAGUUCUUUUCUGUGAAUCUUGUGACAACAGAUCAAAGAAAUAAAGAUACUCAGUAGCAUGUAGUAUGUGGCCCCCUCUGGUGGUGAAUGGUUUAAAAACAAGUUGGAAGUUUGAAGAUUCUGAUUGUGUGGUUAAGAUUAUUAACAAACAGUCAAGGUUUUAAU